AUGAGCGCAGAAGCCGCGCCGGCACCGAUUCUCGGCGGCCCGCUGGCCGAGAGCGCCGCCGGCACUGCCAACCAAGGCGGGCGAAAAAAGGCCGUGCCGCCCCCUCCGAGGCAUGGGCUGUUGACCGACGGCUCCCUCCGAGGACGGCCAGGCGGGGGCAGUCCGGACGGAGGGCUGGCACCCCGGGCUGCGAGGGGCCUCUGCCGGCCAUGNUCGGCCGGGCGGGCGCGCUCCUUCUUCCGGCGCCUGCUCUGGGCCCUCUGCUUCCUGGGCUCCCUGGCGCUGCUGGCGCUGGUCUGCGCCGAGCGGGUCGCCCACUUCCUCACCUACCCGCACGUCACCAAGCUGGACGAGGUGGCCGUGCCCAACCUGACCUUCCCGGCGGUCACCAUCUGCAACCUGAACGAGUUCCGCUUCUCCAAGAUCACCCGCAACGACCUCUACCACGUGGGCGACCUGCUGGCCCUCCUGGACGCCCGCGCCGAGAUCAGCAGCGCCCACCUGGCCGACCCGGAGACCCUCGCCGCCCUGCGUGAGAAGGCCAACUUCCGCGGCUUCAAGGCGCGGCCCUUUGACAUGGCCGAGUUCUACAACCGGACCGGCCACGACCUGGCGGAGAUGCUCUGGCAGUGCUCCUUCCGAGGGGCCAACUGCAGCGCCCAGAACUUCACCGUGAUCUUCACACGCUUGGGGAAGUGCUACACAUUCAACUCGGGGGCUCCCGGCUAUGAGCUCCUCACGACGGUCAAGGGUGGGACAGGCAAUGGCCUGGAACUCAUGCUGAACAUCCAGCAGGAUGAGUACCUUCCGGUCUGGGGGGAGACUGAUGAGACCUUCUAUGAGGCAGGCGUGAAGGUCCAGAUCCACAGCCAGGACGAGCCGCCCUCCAUAGACCAGCUGGGCUUCGGGGUGGCCCCUGGAUUCCAGACCUUCGUCUCCUGCCAGCAGCAACGGAUUUUCUACCUCCCACCCCCCUGGGGCGUCUGCAAGUCCAACCCCACCGAGUCCACCUUCUUCGCCAACUACAGCAUGGCUGCCUGCCGCAUUGACUGCGAGACCCGCUAUCUGGCUGAGAACUGCAACUGCCGCAUGGUGCAUAUGCCAGGUAAUGCCGACGUUUGCACCCCUGAGCAGUACAAGGAGUGUGCCGACCCUGCCCUGGACUUCCUGGUGGAGAAAGACAAUGAGUUCUGCUCCUGCCGGACCCCCUGCGAGACGGUGCGCUACGGCAAGGAGCUCUCCGUGGUCAAGAUCCCCAGCAAGGCGUCUGCCAAGUAUUUGGCCAAGAAGUACAACCGCAGUGAGCAGUACAUUGCUUCAGGAGAGGUGAAACCGGGAUGGGAUUCUUUGGAACUCCAGACUGAGAACCCGUUCCAGGAGGAUCCGAUGAAAGAUGGGCUGGGGGACAUUGGGGGCCAGAUGGGCCUGUUCAUCGGAGCUAGCCUUCUGACCAUUCUGGAGAUCUUUGACUACCUGUAUGAAGUGCUCCGGGACAAACUUCUCACUUACUACCACACCAGGAAGCAGGUUGGCCGGAACAACAGCGACAACCUGGAGUACCUGGACCUGCCGCGCAGCCCUCGUGGUGCCGUCCUGCCCCAGCUGCCCAGAGUACCUGUCACACGCUGCGCAGCCACUCGGACAGCCUUGGAUACACCCCGAACCUGUUACCUCGUCACGCGACUCUAGGCCGUCUUCAGGAGUUUGCCUGCUGAAGGGGCUGCCGAGCAUCUUUCACCCUCCCCACCCCCGACCCCCCACCCGGAUGGAUGGAUGGAUGGAUGGAUGGACAGACAGACGGACCAGCUGGAGCAGCGCCCUCUUCCCGCUGGGAGCCCCAGGCCGGCCCUGGGGACUCCCCGUUCUGCCAGGAGGGAAGGCGGCACUCGGGAGACGGAGCAGAGGUCGGCGCCUGCCCGCGCCGGGCGAUGAGAUCCGGAUUUCCCAGGCCUCCUGGAAGGGCUCCCCGGGCGUGCCUCCGAAUCCCGAAGCAGGCAGGCUGGGGCACCGCGGAGCCCCGGCCCCCCUCUCGGCGGUUGCUGGAAACGGACCACGCCGACGACUCCUAUUAAAGUUAGUC